AUGCAACUGCAGCCUCUCGUUGACCCGAUCCCUCGUCCCUUGUGGCGAGCUAUCAUCCAAGAUCAAUAUGUCGAUUUCGAAAAGCUGCACGCUUCGAUGGAUCGGGGGUUUAGUCACAACGACGAUGCGAAGGAUUUUGCAGGGGGUUUUUCAUUGGUACGGAAGGAUCAGUAUUCAGCUAGGAAAGUGGUUAGGAAUGAGGCGGAAUGGGCUCGGGUUUUUCAAGCAUGGAAAGCAGGCGUUGUUUUAUUGUAUCCACAUCGCCUCAAUGAGCUCAAUACAUAUCAAGAUAUGGUUAUUGAGCUUUUUCGUGCCGCUCCCUAUGAUCCGUUUGUCACUAUCAAUGUCGACGCUGAGGCCCGUGACCGAUACGCUCGCAGUCCUUAUCAGAUGGACGACCGCAGUCGCUUCCAACUCCCACUUCUAUCACAGAUGCUGCGAAAACGCGAGGCUACCGAUACUAUGGGCCCGUCGAAACGUGCUGCAGUUCCUUGUCAAAAUUGGAGUCUCGGGAUAUGCACCGAUCCCUGUGUUUUCAGGCGCAAACAUGGGAUUUGUUCCGAAUGCGGAGGAAAGCACAAAGCUCGAGACCACGAAACGUGCCUCUCUUCUCUCGAAGCUCGCCGUGGAAAAGGACCUAGCACAAGCCACGCGGAAAGCAGAGGAGGCAAUUCUGGAAGGUCCUAA